UCUCAUUUGUUAAGACCAGACACUAUUGAUGAAAGCAUCCCCUUUUUUCAGGGGAGAGAAUGAAAGAAGGAAUGGAAUAGAGCAAAGCUGGAACUGCUGCUGCUGGGUUGUGACCGCUGAACCCCCAUUUUCCCAGGACCAGACAUGGCCGCCUUCAGCCGCAGGGAGUUCUACGAGCAACUACUCCAUGGCUGCGUCUUUCCCACCGCUCUGCAGGGUCUGGAGCAGAUCUGGGUGCUGCUACUCAUGUGCCUGGGCUGUAGGGUGCUCUGGAGGCUGGGCCUCCCAUCUCACGUAAAACAUCUGUUCACAAUCGUCGGUGGCUUCUUCUGCCUCUAUCACUUCUUCCACUUGCAGAUGAUCUGGGUGGUCCUCCUGAGCCUGCUGUGUUACCUGGUCCUGUUCCUGUGUCGACACUCUCAGCACCGCGGGGUGCUUCUGUCCAUCACAGUCCUUAUCUACCUCCUCAUGGGUGAGAUGCACAUGGUGGAUACAGCAAGUUGGCAUAAAAUGAGAGGUGCACAAAUGAUAGUAGCGAUGAAGGCUGUGUCUUUGGGUUUCGAUGUAGAUCGUGGCAUUGUACGCUGCAUCCCGUCUCCUGUGGAAUUCAUGGGAUACGUCUACUUUGUUGGCACUGUCAUCUUUGGGCCUUGGAUCAGUUUUACCAGCUACCAGCAGGCCUUAAAUGGGCAGAAGUUGACAUUCAGCUGGGUUCGCCGUGUGCUGCGCAGUUUGAUUCUCAGCAUCUUCUGUCUGCUGAUGUCCACUUGUGUGUCUCCAUACCUGUUCCCCUACUUCAUUCCUAUCUAUGGAGACCGGCUGCUGAGGAACAAGAAACACAAAGCCAGGGGGUUUGUCGUACGGUGGCUGCGUGCUUAUGAGAACGCCUCGUCAUUCCGCUUUAGCAAUUAUUUUGUGGGUUAUCUGUCAGAAGUGAUGGCAGUCCUGUCUGGAGCGGGCUACACCGAGGUGAAGGAUCAUGUUCAUUGGGACCUGACUGUAACUCGUCCUCUGAAUGUAGAGAUUCCUCGCUCUAUGGUCGAUGUGGUGACAAGCUGGAACUUGCCUAUGUCUCGCUGGUUACACACAUAUGUCUUUAAGAAUGCCAUGAAACUCGGAACUUUCCAUGCCAUUAUAGUGACAUAUGCAGCAAGUGCUCUAUUGCAUGGUCUCAGUUUCCACCUGGCAGCUGUGCUUUUAUCUUUGGGAUUCCUAACGUACGUGGAACAUGUCCUCAGAAAGAAACUAGCAGAUAUCUUCAGUGCCUGCAUCCUUUCCAAGAAAUGCUCUUUGAACUGUGCCCACCGCAACAAGAAGGGUUUCCUUGUCUACCUGAUAAACAUUCUGUUCGGUGCUCUGGCCUUAUUUCACCUGACGUAUCUUGGCUCGCUGUUUGACACAGACUCUGAAGAUGCCAGCGAGGAGGAGGGGUACGGGAUGGCACACACUGUUAACAAGUGGUCUGAGCUGGGCUGGGCUGGCCAUUGGCUGACUUUUGUAUGCUGGGUGUUCUAUCGGCUUCUUGGCUAAGAGGAGGACACUGCCAACGUUUGCAGCGUGCUAUCCACAAACAAAAACUUCUCCACCUUAUGGGUGUGACCAACUUCUGCCAUACAGAUUUGCUGAGCCGAUAAGGUAGCUGGGCAGAGUUGCACAGGGGCAAUUUAUGCCUGGAUGGUAAGUGAACGGAAUAUGAACACUGGGACCAUACUGAAAACAGCCUGUGUGCGCCAUUGACUGCCAACAGACACACAGCACCAUUAUCAUAUAUGCACAUACUGCCUCCCGUGAUCGCAACGGUCAGCUAUCCAUCACUAGCGGUAUCUGAAAAGGUCAAGCUGUCUGUCGAUUUCUGUGAUUCUG